AUGCCACGCGGGAGACACCACUCACACGGAAAGAAGAGCGAACACGCCCACGCGACCAAGCAGGACCACAAGGCAGAGAGGGAGCAGCACGACAGCGACUCGGAGCAGAACGAUCAGGCGGCGGACGGCCAGAUCGAUAGACAGGCGCAGCCCGCGACGUACACCGCCAUGACGGUGGACGCCAAGGCCCUGGAGGACGCGCCACCCGCCGGCGCAGCCGUGGGGGCGGGAUAUGACCAACAAGACGGCAUAACCAAAGCCAAGGGAAUCACUUUGCCACCCGAUGCACUACCGGAUCAACAAGCCGGCAUGCCGAAUGUGCCCGUGGCAGCCAUGGUGGUAGGAGCGGCCGAGCCCGCGGUCCCGGAAUCCGGGCAGCACUGCCGUGAAUCCUGA